AAAGCUAUCUAUAUAAAGAGAAUUUAAAACGUGUAAAAAAUAAAAUGUAUCUAAAGAAAAAAUGUUUAUCGGUACUCUUGGUCAUUUGUUGGAUUUAUAUAUUUGGUUGUUCGAAAGCAUCGGCAUGUUCGCUUGACCGUAUGAGAGAAUAUGCGAAGCAGGCAUGUGAACAUUUAUUUGAUUUUGACACGGAAGUUAGAGAAAGACGUUCACUCGACUUAAAAAAGAAUUAUGAUUAUUUACCAAGACAACCUUUAAAACAUUUUCUUAAUGUUAGACGCAGCAUCUAUCCACCUGGUGGUUAUUUAAAAGUGGCUCCAGAACAUUAUGAUAAAUUAAGUAUUUUGGAUGUGAGCCCUCGUUACAAGUCCAAGAAAAUCUCUCAUAUAAUGAAUGAGAAAAAGAUGCGCAACAAACGCGAAGGCAAAAACUAUUUCAAUCACAACAAUAACAUUCCAUAUUGCUGUUUCCAUAGAUGCGAUGCUGAAUUCUUCUGUGGGUAGCCAUAUUGUUAAGACAUUUAGUUAAUUACUUAGUUUAAUUAGUAUGUUUACUUUUUUUAAUUAUAUGUAUAAUUUAAUUAUAAUAUCGAGCAAUUAGAAUUAUGCAAAUGAUGCCUUCCAUAUAGAUUAAGACAUGUAUUUAAGCUUUUAGAAAGACUAAAAUAUGUACCUUAUUAGCAAAGAAUAAAAAUAAUAAUUUUAUGUAUUUAUUAUAUGUUUAAAAUGCUACUUAAAUUUUUACUUCGCUAUUCAUAAUCAUUUAGAAAAGUUAUCAAUGUUUUUAACAUGAUCAUUUCUCUAAAAGGAACAAUUGAUAACUUUAUGAAUAGAGGAGUAAUUGACAAAAUAACAAAUACAAAUUUAAGUUACUUAUCAUUCAGUAUUAUUGUGCAAAUUGCAUUUGCCAUUCCCACCAAACCCCAUCUAUCACUUAACAAUACGUUCCAAUAACAAUUGGAUAAAUUCCAAUUCAUUAAUUAUUUUAUAAGAAUUUUUACCGUUUACAUUAAUUAAGUUUAGUUUAUAUGCAUAUAUCAUUUUUUAUAUUUUUUAUAUUAUAUUAUAUUUUUAUAUUAUAUGUAAGAUUUUACUUUUAUAAGGAAAA